CCUGCUCCGUCUGCUGUCCGCCUCUCCCUGCAAUGCCCUGCUCCGAAGACAUCACCGCCGCCGUGUCCCCCAGCAAGCGGGCCCGGCCCUCCGAGGCGGCGCUGCGCCUGCGCUUCGUGCGGCUGUCGGAGCACGCCACGGCCCCGACGCGGGGCUCCGCGCGCGCCGCCGGCUACGACCUCUACAGCGCCUAUGAUUGCACGAUACCACCCAUGGAGAAAGCUCUUGUGAAGACGGACAUCCAGAUCGCCCUUCCCUCUGGGUGCUAUGGCAGAGUGGCUCCACGCUCGGGCUUGGCUGCCAAACACUUCAUAGAUGUCGGAGCUGGGGUCAUCGAUGAAGAUUACAGAGGAAACGUUGGUGUCGUGCUGUUUAACUUUGGCAAAGAGAAGUUUGAAGUGAAAAAGGGCGACCGCAUCGCCCAGCUUAUUUGUGAGCGGAUCUACUACCCAGAGAUAGAGGAAGUGCAGGGCUUGGAUGACACGGGACGGGCUGACCUGGGAGAGCCGGCUCCCGUGUCCCCUGCACAGGUGCUUCUUCAGGUUUUUCAUCCACUUCCUCCUCAUGUCUGCUCUGUGGGCCGAACAAUUCAGAGUCCAGUUCUGGUCUCACCUCUUUCCAGCUGCGUGUAAGGAGAUUUGCACUCCCAAAGACCGCGUUUCUUCGUGGGCUGAUGCAGAUACCCAUUUUAUCCUUUGUGAGGGCAGAGAGAAGCAUGCCCCUGUG